GUGUCCAUCCCCGCCUCUGCCCAGGCCAUCUCACCUACUCUCACUACCUCCAGCCAUCCCUUCUAGCUCAUCAUGGUAGCCCUCAUCCAAAACAAGUCUUCCCCAAUACACAGUGCCAGUCUUGUCGACCCUGCUCUACACUCACCUGCACUCCUCGAGCUUCUCCAGGUCAAGCUAUCUCGUCCAGUCAUAGAAUAUGUUGUUGACUGCGUCGUGGACACCGUCGAUUAUGCUAUCGGUCGUCCCUCAUCUUCCAGCAGAGGUCGUUCCCUCUCAAGGCGCCCUGAACACACUGCCUUCACUACUUUCGUAUCAAACGUUCUCACUCGCGCUGAAGUCCCAUUAGCUGUUGUCUUGGUUUCUCUUGUCUAUAUCGACAGAGCCAAGCCUCAUCUCCAGAUUGCCCUCGAGGAAUGGGCAUGCGAGCGUGUAUUUCUCGGUGCCGUAAUGGUAGCUAGCAAGUACCUUAACGAUUCUACUCUCAAGAACGUCCAUUGGGCGCUCUGCACAGGCGUAUUCGGAAAACGUGAUGUUGGUCGCAUCGAGCGUGAAUUCCUUGACGUCCUUGAUUUCGAGCUUGGCGUAACGGAGGAUGACGUUCUGAGCCAACAUGACGGCCUUUCUGCCGUCGCUCUACCUACACACAACCACCGUCGUGUCUCUUCCAAGCACACCCCACGCACUGCUUCUCGUUCCACACACCAUCGUGAAAGCGCACACACCGUCUGCCCUGAUUUGGAUCCCUCCAGUCCCAAGUCAUCCUCUUCGUCCAGCUCUCCAUCACCACGCACACCGGAAUCCCUUGUAUAUCCUCCCGAAAGCCUUCCCAAGGCUCACCACAAGGACUUGGAACUUUCGAUGCCCACGCAUGCGGUACCCGCACCGGUACACUCACAUCAGCCGAAAAAGUCGCACCCUUAUCCUUCUACACUUGACCUGCUACGUUCUUUCCCUCUUCCCAUUUCCCAAUCGAAUUCUGUAUCUUCACAUGAACCACACACUCAUUAUUCACAUCUGCUUUCUUAUCCAUUCACAUCGACUCAAAAUCCCCUGACUCAAGUGGCCGCGUAAAAAUGAUCUGUCUCCUUUUCAUCUAAAUUUAUUGUGGUACUGUCGCUAUAUUUUUGACACAAGUCCCGCAUUUUCUAUCUUACUCUUCGUCCAAAUCAUAUCCUUCGACUACAAUCCUACAAGGAUUUGCAAUAUAUACAGCGCAUAAUUUGUUCAUAUCACUUUUACAUACUGCACCAUAGCACUCACAACUCCAAAGAAGAAUAACAUCAUAUCACAUAUUUGU